AUGAGGGUAGCGCUUGACCGACAUGUGCUGAUUUACCCGGUUUGCCACGGCCGGGUGCGGAUCAACGAACACGCCGCGCUGCCGGAUGAGCGUCGUUGCAGUCCUGCCGCUGCCGCUGCCGCCGCCGCCAUGGAGGAGGACAUCACCGAGAAUUACGGCUACGCGGUGCCAGUCAUCACCAUGCUGAUCGUCGUGUUCGUGGUAACCACUCACAUCCUGCUGCCACUGUUCAUACCGUUCACCGUGUUACACCUGUUCGAAAAGUAUGGCAUUGUCAAGCUCGGGCCGAGCGCAGAAGACGACGACUAG